AUGACCAAACCACGAAGGCUCACGAUCUCCCUCCUCACCUCCCAGCCCCGUUGGCUCCUCCUCUCCAUCUUCCUCAUCCUCUGGUCCUGGUCCUCUGGCUUCCGCCGCUCCUCCACCCCCAAGACCGCCCAGGCUGCGUUUGGUCUAGGCGUCGACGCACGCGCGUUCCCCGACUCGCGUCUCUACAGGCGGGUGUUUGGCCUCCCCGAGUGCGCCGAGCAGUGCGCCGACCAGGCAGUGCAGGCUGUAGGUUGCGGCAACGGACUGAACUUCGACUGUGCAUGCCACAAUCCCGACUUCAUGCCAGACGCCGUCAACUGCAUGACCACUGCCUGCUCCGCGAAUGACAAGGCGACGGGCCAGGCCACGCUUAUGACCGAGUGCGUGCUCGCUGGAACCUCGGUCUCCGUGCCCACAAGCGCGACUUCAACGAGCACCACCUCCAUUAGCUCCGGUAUACCCCCUGUCUCCGGCCCGUCGUCCUCUGCAUCGUCCAGCACGUCAGCCUCGGUCUCAACCACCACCACCGUCACCGCGUCCAUUUCGACAACCACCGUCUCCUCGACCUCGACUUCAGUUGUAACGACGGUUACAACCCAGCCCCCCGCGACGUCCACCCGCUCCUCCACGAGCGCGCGCAGCACCGAGACCGUCUCACAGACCGUCACCGCUCCGCCCGCCCCCUCCACGGGCACUAGCACCGGAGCUACAAACACCGGCGACGCCGCCUCUUUCGGUGCAUGGGGUGCGAUGUGGGCGGUCGUAGUUGCGGUCGUUGGAGGAGUGCUCGUGUUCCUGGAUCUGUACGUUUCCCAGCCGUCGAAUGUCACUCAGAGCCAUUGUCACUCAAUGAACGUUGAUGCUGAGGGGAGAUCAACGAGCUCUGAGCUAAGAACUGCUAAGAAAGGCUGUCUGAAGGAUAUGAUGCGAUUGGGAGUCAAGGCGAGUCGCCGUGGUGGAUUCCGUGCCCCGCUCCUCGCCAUGCUCCUUGCACCCCCACGCGACCCGAGUCCGACGCCCUCCUCGAGCGUCGACUCCAGCACCGACUUCUUCAGCCUUCCCUCCUCCCCCGCGUCCCCCAGCCCCAGCUCGAGUCUCUUCUUCAGCAUUCCCGACCUCCCACGUCUUCCCAUCAAGGUCGGCCUCCACCUCAUCGACGCGCUCGGCGAACAACUCCACGCCGCCGCCAUCGCCGACUACGCCGCCCACAAGUCCCCAGCGCACGCCGCCCUCCGCCGCUGCGCACUCGUCUGCCGCGCCUGGCGCCCCCGCGCCCAAGCCUGGCUCUUCCACACCCUCGAGCUCAACGACCGCCCCGCGCUCGCCCACCUCGCCGCCACCCUCCGCCGCGCGCCCUCGCUCCGCGCCCACGUCCACACGCUCCUCGUCCACUGCACCGUCGCCACGGGCACCCGGAAACAGUACCCCCCCGCGAACCUCGUCGCGCUCGUGCCCCCAGUGCUCGCGCGCUCGCUCUCUGGCCUUCGCGUGCUGGAGCUCCACGCGGGCGCGAACCGGCGAUGGCGGGAGAGGUACUCGCCCGCGGGUUUCCUGGUCCACCUCCCCGUGCACCCGCGUGGGUGGGACGCGUACCGCGCGUUCGCGGCGCUCGACCUGCUCUGCCUCGACUCGAUCGUCUUCCAGAACUUCGCCGACCUCGCGCGGCUGCUCGCCGCGGUUGGCACCGUGCGCGAGCUCCGGAUCUGGGGCGUGCGCUGGGACGUGCUCGGGGUCGUUCCGGGCUUCAUGUGCGGCCCGUGUCGGCCACAGUCGCGGGCAGGUGGACCGUUCUUGGGACGGCUGGAGGUCUUGCGUCUAGAUGCCAUUGGAGCGCACGGGCUCGAACGCAUCGUGCGCGCGCUCACGUCGGAGGCACUUGCGUGUCUCGAUCUCGACUUGCCGUACGCGAUCUCUGCACCGCACUCUGCUGACACGGCUACCAAUUGA